AGUUAGUAACCUCACUUUUCUGUUUAUGUUUUUAAUUUUAGAAGCGAUUUUAAAACAUUUCUUUUUCCACCACAAUGGAUACCGAAGAUUCAUAUUUAAAGUAUUUAAAUGAUUCCGAAACACAGAACGCAUUCUUAUUGGAAACGAGCGAAGUGGCUAUGUUUUCAGAAGAACCUAUAUUUACGGAAAUAGAUACUGCUGACUGGCCUCCAGAUAGUUUUCCUUUAUUACUUACUAAUCCACUAAUUACUGAAAAUGUUGAAGAAGAUCAGGUAAGUGGUUCAGAUGAUACCAAUGGCAGAACACAAGAAGAUGAAGGUAAUCAUAAUUUGGACGCUACACUGUGCAAUACCGAAGUUGAACAGCAAAAUUACAAUACUGAAGAACUUAUUUUUGCCGAAAAAGAAGAUAUAGAAUGUGAAACUGAAAUAGUACAACUGGAUAAAUGUGAUAAAACAUUAUUAACAUCAAAUAAAUCUGUUUUAAAGUCAGCAAACAAACAGCACACAGUAAAAAACGUUAACGAUCUGUUCUCAACUGUAAUAGCGAAUAAAUGUAAGAUUUGUUCCUACCUAUGUGAAAAUUUAGAACAAAUUAAGGCUCAUAUAGCCGAAAAGCAUUUAGCAAUAUUCAAUGGAAAUGGUAUAUCAGUAUUAGCACAAAAUCAGCAGAAAAAUAAUGGUGUUAGUGAAAUACGGAAAGAAUAUACCGUUUAUGUUUGUAGUGUUUGUCAUGAUGUGUGUACGAAUAAAGAUGAUUUACGACAGCAUAUGAUUCAGACCCAUAAAUUAAUUACAGAACCAGAAAAAGAGCAAUUACCAGAGAAGGAAGAAAAUAAGUCUCCUAGUGUAAUAUAUAGAAAAUCAUCUGUUUUAGGUGAUCUUACAGUAAAUAUGAUGAAAAGACAGGAAAGAUCACUGCAAAAGAUUAAAUGUUCAGUUAAAGGUUGCAACGCGGGAUUUCCUACUGAAGAAGUACGUAAAAAACAUGAAGCUUUACAUUGUAAUGGAAGCAAGUCGACGUUUAAAUGUUCUGAAUGCGAUCAGAAGUUUAAAAUGUGGAGAAUAGCCAGGAAUCAUAUGUACCAAGAACACAAACUCGAUUUUGGCAUGGUUAGUUGUCCUAUGUGUAAUACAAUGAAAAGUUACAGCACUGUUAACAUUCUAAAGCAUAUGGUUAUCCAUUCAGAUGAAAAACCAUUUCUUUGUAGUGAAUGCGGGAAAGCUUUCAAACAAUGGAAUCAGUUAAAAAAUCAUGAAGUUAUUCAUAAAGUGCCUGAAGAGUUACCUUCUUGGUGUAAAGUCAAGAAAUGUGAUACGUGCCAGCGAUUCUUCGCCAACAUGAAAUGUUUAAAAACUCACAUCAAAUCGGUGCAUGAGAAUUUUAAGCCUUUUAUAUGCAACAUUUGCGGACAUAAGACAACUCGAAAAUAUAUGUUAGAACUCCAUUUGAGGCAACAUACUGGCGCAAAACCACACCAGUGCGAUUUUUGUCCCUACAAAACCGGAGAUUACAAUUGUUUGCGGAAGCACGCAUUGAAGCACGUCGGCGGAUAUCGGUAUAAAUGUCCUCAUUGUCCUUAUACGUGUAUUCAGUCUGGUUCAUUUAAGUACCAUCUUACGAAUAAGCAUAAAGGAAAAGGGGGAACGCUUAGUUGUACUUACUGUUCCUACACAACGAUUAACCCGACGUUUUUGGAGGCGCACGAAAAGAAGCAUUCAGAAGUUAAUGGUUCAAGCGGUACAGAGGUAUUAAUUGAUGACAAACAAACCAAUCACGAAACUGAUUUACAGGCUGACGAGGAAACACAGAACUGCUUCCUAAAUACCGAGCAUAUUGAAGAAACUGUGGAUAACGGAGGUAUAACGAUACCAGCGGGUUUGGAGACUUCAAUGAACUCUUGAACUAUUAUUUGUUCUAGUCUUAGAUUAAAAUGAUUUAAUGAGACUGAUGUUAUUUAGAUAAAAAGUUUUAUUUUGUUUUUCAAUAUACAUACAUUUU